UUGAUUGCAGCACACCGAGACAUCAGCGAUGGCAGGCACAACUGCUUUGCCACUUCAAGAAUUGAUUGGAUCUUUGGACAAUACCUGUCUGCCCAAAAUUCUACAAGUUUGCUCUGGGGUGUAUUUCCAAGGUUCUAUUUAUGAAAUUUCUGGAAGUGAAGUGUGCUUUUCUACUGGGGAUCUAAUUAAGGUCAUCAACAUUGAGCUCAUGUCAGUUUGCUGUGAAGACAUCAGUGACAAUGCGAAGUUUGAGCUGCCUAUCAACCACACAGGCUUGUUCAAGGUUGUUCCAGAAGAGAUGCCUUACAACACAGUCGAGGAGAUGAUGAGACUGAGGCCUGUUGACCUACAAUCCUGCCUUCCCUUCACUUUCACCAGUCGCUCCAAAAUGACCUUCGGCAGCUUUAUGUUGGGGGCCGAGAGAACUUUGACCGUGAUCUGCGUUGAGAGGCAUGAGGGCGAAGAGGAUCAAGUGCGCUGCCAUGUUCAAGGACAACAAGAAGCCUCUGCUGAAGUGUGCAUCCCUCUUUCUUCCCGAGGGGAGUUUUAUGAGUGUGAGAGCGAGGAGUGUUUUACUCUGCGGGAAAUCAUGUCCUCACCUGCUCUGCGUAGUCGAAGAUUUCGCUUCAUGAACACCACUAAGUCUGACCGACGUUUUCUCCUCAGUCCAGUUUAUCAGGUCCAUGCAAUCAUGAAUUUGAGAAAGAACGUGCUGAAGUUCCCAUCUAGCUUAGAGGUGGAUGUGGUUGAUGUCACUGAGGUGUGUAAAGAUGUAACUUUUGCAACUCCACUCAGUCUGACAGAAGUCCUUUCUCAGUCAGAUGAAUCAUUUCCUGUAGUAGUCGAGGUAUUAGAAGGCCCAGAGACCCACUCUCUGUUCAAGUGCAGCUGGCUGCCAGAACUCAACAAGAACGCGCACCUGAUUUUGCACAAGAAAGGAACUUCAGCCAUGGUUGUGGUAUCCAGUCUGAAGAGCCGGAAGGUGCAGCAGUACUUUCUGGUAUCUCAGCAAUAUGGUGGAAGAUUUCGGAGACGGCCAAGAGAAUUUAAUUCGGUGUAUGAGCUGUAUGCUGCUUCAAUCCAGAUCCCAGGUCUGAAGGUCAGUGUCACAAGGAACUGCGAGGAAGUGGAGGAGGAGGGCGUGCCUGCCCUCAGCGUGGGGGAUCAGCUGGAGAUUGGGCGCUGUGAUAGAGUGGAGUUGCCUUGUGAAAGCACCAUGGGACUGAAGCAAUCGGUUGAGGCUCUUGUGUGCCACCGUCUUCAAGAGCCCGCCGAUGGGGAUGAUGAUGAUGACGACGAAGAGGAAGUCAGACAGGAGGAUGACAAAGAGGAGAUUUUUCUUCCUCUCUACAUGCAGGGUCACUUUGUGGAAGUACUCAGUGAUAACAAGAAAUACAGACUCAAGGACUUGGGUAAGGAUUUCAGUUUGCCACUGGAUGUUAAAGUGGUGAGCCGUGAUACAGAACUCGAGACGGAUCCACUGGUCGGGUUUGCAUGUCUCAGGAUUGAGGGGGCCCUGUUGGAGCCCACCAUCCAGGCAAGCUUUGCACACAGGCCAGACUGCUGUUUUGAGAUCCCAACCCAGUGGGUCUCUAUGUCUGUGUCGUUUACUAAGGACCCUCUGCCAUGGCCCGAGGGUCAAUACCCCAAGUGCCAAGUGGAUAGGGUUACUGAGGUGACAGACACGUUCUUUUAUGAAUUUCGCAAACAGGAUAACUCGGACGCUGCUCCUCCACCUCGCCCACCAAAGCCUAGUCUGUCAUUUUCAAAAGCUUCCAAAAAGGCAUCAUCAAAGUCCUCGAGGAAAGCAGCAAAGGCAGAAAAAUCCAAAGAUCAGCCAUGCAAAAGUGUCCCAACCAAACAGUUCAGUGACUUGACUUUAAAUACUAAAAGAAAGCCCCCAGCUCCACUGCCUCCAGCUUGCUUAGAUGAUCAACCUCCGCCAGUAGCACCCCGAAAGCAGUCAGCGAGUGAAAUCAGACCAUGCAAGGCUUUGCCAAACACAUACACAAGACUGCAGGAGGCAAAGAUAAAAGUGCCUGUGGGUGACCAGGAAGCAGAUGAGGACAGUGACCAUGACUAUGAAACCGUGGACGACACUUUCUCAGUUAUGGUGAAGAAAGCACAAGAGAAGGUCAUGUUCUACUAAAAAUAUGCAUAUGAUGCUGAUGUUGUGAAAUAUGCCAUGCCAAAAAUGAAUAAUUAAGGUAUUAGGUGCUUGGGAAUGAGAUCCCAAAUGCUGUGUUCAAACUCAUAUGUCAUGCUCGAUGUAUUUGUUUUAACCCCUUCAGUUUAAUAUGAAAUUAUUCAACUAUCUUCCUUUCAGUUAACUGGUAUAUCGGUGUGGCAUGAAUUUGUUCCAUAAUAGCAUGUCUGUCCACAGAUGCUGAGGCAGCGUCCUCCAGUUGCUUUAAUGCUCCUUUUUUUGUCAUGUGGUUAGCAAAAAUUCUUCUUACUCAUCAUUUUAUUCUUCCACCCAAAAUACUUCACCCUUAUUUAAGAUUCUAAGCUUCUGUAUCUACGCAACCAUUAGUUGACUACACCCAAACUUUGACGGAGCAAAUACUACACUUUUUGUACAGACUGCUAGGAAAGUGUUGAUUUAACCAUUUGGUAAUUUGCCAAGCAAUGGUUGUAGUUUUGUAUACAGUAUCAUUUUUAAAUUGUGCAAUACUAUGCAGUAAGUUGUUGAAUAUAGUCAACAGUCAAUAUACAGUCCGAUGAAUGGCCAGUUGAAUCAAAAGCUUCUUGUCUCAAAAAUACACAUAAAGCUUCACAUGCUGUAGGCAGCAAUGGAAUGCAUAUGUCAACCUCACAUGGACAUAUACAUGAUGCAAUAAUGCAAACUCUAAACAGAAAGGACUCAAGCCGUCCUUGAGAAGCGACAGUUCAAACCACAGAAGAGCGUUUCUGCUGCAGCAGUAGCAGAAACUCUCCCCCUAAGCCACAUCAAACUCAUCACCAGCAAGUAAUGCUCACGCUUUUUUUUAAAACUCAGUUAAAGAACUUAAGUGUACUGCAAAAUAGUAAUAAAAGGCAAACUAUUGUUUACGACCUCCGAUGUUUUGAAGGUUGAAAACUAUUUUUCAAUUGUGUGUAUUAAUUUGUCACUUUAAUCUUGUGCAAAAUAUAUCAUCAUAAAAUAUGACAUCUAAAUGCACCCAGACUUGUUGGGUUUAUUCAAACUUUGUCAAUGUUUUUUCUGUUUUUUUUAAACAGUGUGACUCUCUGAGACUUAUAGAUGUUCAUGUGUGUGUUGGCCAACUUGCAAGAUGCAAAACUCAGUUUGUGGUGUAAAAGGUUAUGCUAAGAUAAAGGUUUCAGUGCAGAUGUAACUUAUCUAUUGCUGUUUUUAAGUCUUCAUAAAUUUGCAAAGAUUACUGGAAUUGUGGGUGAUUUUUUCAUUAAACUAAAUAUGUAAAAAUAAAGGGGUUUUUAUCAUUUCUUA